AUGCCACAACUUAACAUUUUUAAUUUGCCGGAAUUAUUAGAAUUGAUUCUACAUUUUUUAGCAAUUGACAAAUCCCUCUAUACCGCUUUGUUUGUUAACCACUUUUGGUAUAGAUGUAGUGCACCACUUAUAUGGCGGAAUAUUGAGUUAAAAGGUAAUGAUUUACAACAUGGACAUUAUUUUCCAGAUGACUAUAAUUAUUGUAAAAAAGAUCGAACACGAUUGGAAAAGUUCUUAAAUAUAAUAUGUGGGGAUAAAAAACCAAUUUAUCAGUCAAGCUUAACUCACCUCAAACUUACGCAUUAUCAUUCACUUUCAUAUAAAAAAAUCAAAGGUAUCGUGAAUUCAUGUCCAAAUAUAAUCCAUUUAGAUUUAGAUUAUACCGCAGGUUUUGGCUAUAAAGCACUAAUUAUGGUAGCUAAAUCAUAUCCGAAUUUGAAAUAUCUUAAUUUACGGGAGGCUGGAUUAAUAACCGAUGAAUCAUUAUGUGUAAUUGCGAAGUUGUGCAAUAAAUUAGAGUAUCUAAAUAUUUCUAAUUGUGUGGAAAUUACCCAAAAAUCCUUGUUUGAAGUUGCAAGGUUGUGCCAGAAUUUGGAAGAAUUAUACUUUGCCGAAGGAGAUGGGAUUACUGAUAAAUCUAUAAAUUACAUCAUAAACCAAUGCUCCAAAUUACGAUGUCUUGAUAUUGCAUAUAGUGGUGUUGAAAUCGAAGAUAGUAGUAUGAUGAUACAAAAACGCCUCAAUAUAGAGUAUCUCAAUUUUGCUAAUCUUAUGGGUCCUCGAAAUGAUAAUCUUAUUUUAGCUAUUAUCAGAUCUUCUCCGAAUUUAAAACAUUUUGAUAUAAGCGGUAAUAAUAUAGGUGAUGAUGUUAUUGAGGCGGUGGCACACACAUGCCAUAAAUUGGAAUAUCUUGAUCUUAGCAGAUGUUAUUUCAUUACUAAUUCAUCAAUUUGCAAUGUUAUUCGCUCUUGUCCUAAACUUCAGCAUCUCGGUCUUGGUUCAUGCAAAAUUUCUAAAGCAACUAUCAGAGAAAUCACCCGUUCAUGUCCUAAUUUAAAAUACCUUGAUUUGGAGGGUGUUAAAAAUAUUAGUAAAAAAGCUAUAAAACAACUUAACCUAAAUAUUCAUAUCGAUAAUUUCAACGAAGAAGAUGAAUCCCCUCCACUUAUAAGAGGAUUGAUUCAACAUGAUGAUUUAAAUCCUCCGGAUCAUUUUAAUAAUUAUCUUAGACAGUUGGGUUUAGUACAUCAUGUAAAUGAAACCAAUUGCCUCGAUUUACAAACUCCUGAUGGGACAUUUUCUGUAUUAGGAAAGGUUGAACUGCAAACUAAUUUUAGCGGAACUAGUUCUACUAAUGUUAAUGGAUCUCAAAUCAAUGUUUUGGAUAUAUUACCUUUAAUGUCCUUGAUCGCUAUUCUCAUGUGGUUUUCUAUUAGUUCUAUCAAGAAUUAUUUUAAUGGGGGUUUAACUAAAGCUCCUCACGAGCUGGCUUAUGAAAUUGAACAAGUUCUUGAAUGCUACAAUAAUCACUUUGGUAGAAUUCAUCCGAAUUUGAUUCAAUUAAUGAAUCUAUUACAACAUUCCAAAACCUAUUUAAAUCAACAUCAUGCAAUCAUCCAAAGAAUUGAACAAGAUCAGCAAAGUGAAACAAACCUAUCUGAAGCUUCUUCCAAUUCACACAAUUCCUCUAUUAAUUCUUCUUAUUCUAAUUCCUCUGCUAGUUCUUCAGAAGUAGUAGUUGUAAAUCAAGUACUGUGGACCAAAUUGGUUCAUGGAUAG